AUGAAAGUUCAUCAAGUUAUUUUGUUGCUCUGUUUGAGUUUCGCUGCUGUUCACUCCCUUGAUAACGGCUUAGCCAAUGUUCCUCCUCUUGGUUGGUCAACUUGGAACCUUUUCUGGUGCAACACUAACUGUACUGCUCUUCCUGAUCUCUGUGUCAGCGAAAAGAAUAUUAAAGAAAUUGCUGACGCUAUGGUUGCAUCAGGCUUACACAAAUUAGGAUAUGAAUACGUUAAUGUAGAUGAUUGCUACUUAGCUAAGGAAAGAGAUCCCGUCACUCAAAAGCUCCUCCCUGACCCAGUUAACUUCCCUAGCGGAAUGAAAAACCUUGGUGACUACAUCCACGGUAAAGGAUUAAAAUAUGGUAUGUACAACGAUGUUGGUACUCACACUUGUGGUGGAUAUCCUGGAUCCAAGGAUCACUAUGCUCUUGAUAUUGCUACCUUCAAGGAAUGGGGAGUAGAUUAUCUUAAAAUGGAUGGUUGCUAUGAAGAAUUACCUGUAUAUCAUUAUGACUAUACUGAUUUACAUGAACAAAUCGACUCACAAAAUGCUAAUAUUGUCUAUGAAUGCAGUUGGCCUGCUUACGUCAUGAAGCCUAACGAAUUCGACUGGGCUUACUUAAGAUCCAUCUGCAACACUUGGAGAACUUAUGGUGAUGAUAUUAGAGAUAACUGGGGUUCAGUUAAGGGAAUUAUUGAAUACUGGGCUACUGAAGAUAUUGCCAAAUACUCAGCUCCUGGUUCUUUCCAUAUGGCUGAUUUCUUAACCACUGGACAAGGCGGUAUGACUGAUGAUGAAUACAGAACCUAAUUCAAUCUCUGGUCUAUGUGGUCCAGCCCUAUCAUGUUAUCUACUGAUUUAAGAAAUAUGACUGCUGCUACCUUUGAUAUUAUUUCUAACGCUGAAGUCAUCCAAACUGUUAGCUAAGAUCCCUUAGUCAAGUAAGCUACUAGAGUUAGAACUAUUAACGGAGUUGAUGUUUGGGUUAAGGAACUUGUAUAGGCCCACAACUACGCUGUUGCUUUUGUCAAUAUGAACGACACCGAAAGUCUCAGUGCUACUAUCAAUUUUGCUGAUAUCUUACCCAAUGUUUAAAAUCAAGAAUUCAUCGUUAGAGACCUCUGGCUCCACUAAGAUCUUUCUUUAGCCGCUCAAAGCUUUACUUCUCAAACCUUAGCUCCUCACUAGAGUCAAUUAAUUAAGAUUGAAUUAAACCUUGCUGCCACUAAAAACAUGAGAAAAGAAGUUGCAUGA